UCAAAAUGGUUGCAAUGGAUCUAGAUAGGUGGAUAGAAAUUGCAAAAGGAUGCAAAUAUCUUCCAGAAAAUGAUUUAAAGAAAUUAUGUGACUAUGUAUGCGACUUGUUAUUGGAAGAAUCGAACGUUCAGCCCGUAUCAACACCCGUAACUGUCUGUGGUGACAUACAUGGGCAGUUUUACGAUCUUGAGCAAUUGUUCCGCACGGGAGGACAAAUCCCCGAUACCAAUUAUGUCUUCCUGGGCGACUUUGUAGAUAGAGGGUACUACAGCUUAGAAACUUUAACACGGCUACUAACGUUAAAAGCAAAGUGGCCGGAUCGCUUGACCUUGCUAAGAGGUAACCACGAGAGCAGACAGAUUACGCAAGUCUACGGCUUUUAUGACGAGUGUCAGAGUAAGUACGGCAAUGCGAACGCGUGGAGAUACUGCUGCCGGGUGUUCGAUCUGCUCACAGUCGCAGCCAUCAUAGAUGAACAGAUACUGUGUGUUCAUGGUGGCCUCUCCCCAGAUUUAAAGACACUCGAUCAGAUACGUACGAUAGAGCGAUGCAUGGAAAUACCACACAAGGGAGCUUUCUGUGAUCUUGUCUGGUCGGACCCGGAGGAUGUGGAGACGUGGUCGAUAUCGCCGCGCGGUGCGGGCUGGCUGUUCGGGGCGAGGGUCACGCAGCAGUUUGUCGACACCAACAACCUCAAGCUGAUCUGUCGCGCUCACCAGCUGGUGCACGAAGGCUACAAGUUCAUGUUCGACGAUAAGCUGGUGACCGUCUGGUCGGCGCCCAACUACUGCUACCGCUGCGGCAACGUCGCCUCGAUCCUCGCGUUCGCCGACGCCGACACCAAGGAGCCGAAGCUGUUCCAGGCGGUGCCGGACGAUGAACGCGUGAUGCCGUUGCGAGUCACCACGCCAUACUUCCUCUAGACCGGCGCCGCUCCAAGGUGGGGUGGAGGUUGUUGUAUGUUGCCGGCCGAUCGGGGCCGGUCUAACUCUGAUCACGAGUCACCACACCAUACUUCCUCUGUUGCCGUUCUGACGAGGGUGGCUGCUGUUGGGCGUACACCCUGUAGAUCGGCGCUGCUCUGGCUACGGUCGCCGUGUCACCACGCCCUAAUUCUUGUAGACAGAUGCUAGGGUAACUAGGGUCGCACGGCAUUACUCUUAAGGAGGCUUGGGUGUCAACACGCCAUACUUCCUGUAGACCGAUGCUAGGAUUACUAGAGUUGCACGCCGUCACUCUUAAGGAGGGUUGGGCAUCGUCACGCCCUACUUUCUCUAGACCAGUAUCGCUCUAACGAGGGUGAUUCCUUCGCUCGACGACGCGCCGUACUUUAUAUAGACCGGUGCCGGGUUCCUUGUAGUCCGGCACCACUCCCAAUCGACAAGGAUGUCAGUCAGCAUCCCCCCCUCACGAUUGUUAUAGAUGAGGGUCAUACUCGUUCACUUGUCGUCGAUGGGCGUGACGUGAUUUGUUUUAAGUGAGCUUCGUUCCCUUACCCUGUGAAGACCUGUCUCAGUCCAACUAGUCUAGCAACGUCACAGAGAUAUGCGUUAGUCCCUACGUGACAUCACAGAGGCUUGCCUCAGUCCCUCCGUGACAUCACAGAGAUGCGUGAGUCCCUCCGUGAUAUUACAGAGAUGCCUCAGUCCGGCUACAACAUUGCAGAGAUGCCUUAGUUCUCCCAUUACAUCACAGAUACAUCUCAAUCUCUGUGUGACAUAACAGACACAUGCCUCGGUCCCGCUACAACAUCGCAGAGAUGCCUUAGUUCUCCUAUUACACCACAGAUACAUCUCAAUCUCUCUGUGACAUAACAGACACAUGCCUCGGUCCCGCUACAACAUCGCAGAGACACGCAUCAGUUUCUUAGUGACAUCACAGAGAUGCCUCAGUCUCUCCGUGACACCACAGAGACUCUGUGCUCGUUGCAUGUUAACUGCACUUAGUACUCUGUGUUCUGUGGCGGUGCACUGUACUUUUACUGUGCGCUCACUGCUUAUAACCUGUACGCAGUACUCUGUGGUGAGGAUCUGGAUACUGGAUCCAGCACUCUAUGUUCGGUGCCUGCAUGCCUGGGCUACUACGGGCAUCUUUCUGAGUUGUCAUCAUACCAUCAUGCUUUGGCCUAAGAUCAGCAUUAAACUAUACUGCCUGUACUGGCAUGUGAUGGCAGCGUAUACACUAGGUAAAAAUAAUGUGUCAAUUUGUUUAGUGUAUAUCGUUGGCUACUGAGACGUGAUAUGGGGUUUACCCCAUGUAAGAUCUUUUAGCCUACUAAAAUCAUGAUGUCAGCAAAGUUACAAGAAACAACAUAACAGAUGUUUUUUUACUUGUAAGAGGUAGGCUAACAUAUGAUACAGCACUGUUCCAACAUCGAUUUAAAGUAAGGGUAACAGAGCGUGUGGGUGAAAUAGUAGUGUAACGACAUGCUAGUUGCUGCACACUCACAGGUCGAGACCUUUUGGGUUAAGUUAAGAUUGCAUUACGACUGUUGCGCCAUUAUGUACAUGUACAAGUGUGUUAACUGACAGUGCAAAACACAGCGGGUGCGGUAAAACGUGUUAAGGGUGCCUUCCCACUUAAAUUGUGCUGUCAAACAAAAAAUCUGGUGAAAUUCAAUUAUUAAGGGUGUGUUCAUACUGUCCAAUGCACAUAUGACGGGUAAACGAAGUUAUCAGAAUUGAAUUUAUUCCCAGUUCUUUUCCCAGGAAGUAUAACCUACAGGGCUCGAGUUAUAAAUGGCGUUUUGUAUUUACUGCUACUCAUUCUUUCUGUAAGGGGUCGGUCAAAACUGUUAAGUUGUCCGUGUAGAUUUAAUAGGCUUAUUGCCGUUACGCGACAUUCACUUUCUAAAUUAAUUAUUUUUAUAGACUUUACCAUGUUUACUGUGAUUUGUGACAAAUUAGUUGCAUUAGUUAUCUGGGAAGGCAUCACUAACUUGCAUUGUUAGUUACGUGCUAUCGUCUGUUCUCUGUAUGCGUGUGAUUUUAGAUUUGUAUAAAAAUAAGUAGAAUUGAAUAAAUUGUACAGAAAUAGAUAAAUACUUCAAA